CCCUCCUCCUCCUCCCACGUAGACGUCUCCCAAAUGGCCGCAUCCCGCUUCGCCCACCUCCCCGUGCCGCAGAACCCCGCUGCGGACUACAAGAAACAGUGCGUGGAAGUGCCCGGCACGAAGCGCCCGGGACAGACUGCCCACUAUCGCGGCUCUGCGUACCCGUACGUGACGAUCGACGCGCCGGACGCUUUCACGAACCUGCUGCAAAUCUUCGACGAGGGCCUGCGCCGCUCGAAGGGCGGACGCUUCCUUGGGCAGCGGCCUGUUCUCUCCAAGCAGCCCCUGAAGUACGCGGACUACCACGUGUGGCAGUCGUGGCCGGAGGUGGACGUGCGCAGGCGCGCGCUCGGGAGUGCCCUCCACAAGUUGUUCCAGACGGGUGCGCUCGGUGGAGGAGACCUGGCUACCGUUGGAAUCUGGAGCAAGAACUGUCCCAACUGGCAGGUCAUCGACCUCGCGCUGCAGGCGUACGGCAAGGUUGGAGUCAGCUUGUACGACACGCUUGGGAAGGACUCUGCAGGUGCGUUCAGUGUCAACCAUGCCGAGUUGACUGUGAUCUUCGCGACGCCGGAACACAUUGCCUCUCUUUUGAAACUGGCCCCCAAGGCCCCUGUGCUCAAGAUGAUCGUUUCUAUGGAGCCGCUCUCCCCUGACACCAAGAGUGCGCUUUCCGCAUGGGGCGAGACUGUGAAUGUCCAGAUCAAGGAGAUUGCAGAGCUGGAGGAGUUCGGUCGUGCCAACCUCAUCGAGGUCAUCCCGGCAGUAGCCGACCAGAUUGCUACUAUUUGCUACACCUCGGGUACUACCGGGCAACCGAAAGGUGUCGUAAUCACUCAUGGGAGCAUGGCCCAGGCUGUCUACGGCUACCUGCACCAGUUCGAGAUGACCAGCGAUAUGUCAAUGAUGUCUUUCCUGCCCCUUGCGCACAUUUACGAGCGGGUGAUGGAGCUAGUUAGUGUUGCCGUCGGUGGUCAGAUUGGUUAUACCACCGGCGACCCUCUGCUGCUCCUGGACGACCUGAAAGUGCUUCAGCCCCACUUCAUGCCCUCCGUUCCGCGUGUUUUGAACAGGCUCUACCAAUCCGCUAUGUCAGCCGGUACUGCACCGGGAAUCAAGGGCGCCCUGUUCAGGAAAGCCGUUGCGACUAAAUUGCACAACAUGCGCCAAAACGGCCAAUUCACUCAUGCUUUCUAUGAUCGCUUGGUGUUCAAGAAGCUUCACAACGUCCUCGGCGGAAGGAUACGCAUGAUCACCACCGGCUCGGCACCCAUCAGUGCCAACGUCAUGGACUUCCUCAAGAUCGGUCUUCUGUGCACCGUAAUUGAAGGUUAUGGCAUGACCGAAAACUGCGGCAGCUUCGUUCGCACCUGGACGGAUGACCCAACGUCCAGCGGGACUGUCGGCUCCCCUCUCCCGAACGCCGAGCUGAAGCUCGUCGACGUCCCGACCAUGGGUUACUCCGCCGAGGACAAGCCCUUCCCGCGCGGAGAGAUCUGCAUGCGCGGCGCGCAGCGCUUCACGUGCUACUACAAGGAUCCGAAGAAGACCGCGGAGACGAUUGACGAGGAGGGCUGGCUGCACACCGGCGACGUCGGGCUCCUCGACGACUGUCUGCGCCUGAAGAUUAUAGACCGCGUCAAGAACAUCAUGAAGCUCGCGCAGGGCGAGUACGUCGCACUCGAGAACAUCGAGAACAUCUACAGCGGGCACCCGCUCGUCGCGCAGCUCUACGUGCACGGCGACUCGCUGCAGUCGUACCUCAUCGCGGUCGUCGUGCCGGACCCUGUCCAGCUCGCGGCGCUCGUCUCCCGCAUCCGCGGCAAGGCCUUCUCCCCGACGGACCUCCCCGCGCUCGCGGAGGCCGCAAAGGACCCGCAGGUCGUCGCGGCCGUGCUCGCCGAGCUCUCCAAGCCGGCGAAGAAGCGCGGGCUCAAGGGCUUCGAGCAGCUCCGCCGGAUCCACCUGACCCUGGAGGCCCUCACGACCGAGAACGGCUGCCUGACGCCGACGUUGAAGAUCCGACGGAAGGAGACCUACGAGUACUUCAAGGCGCCGCUCGACGGCCUCUAUGCGCUCGGCGAGCCGUCGAAGCUCUAGAUCUGACGGUGUCCCCCGGUUCCGGAUCUGGUGCCCGCAUAUACCAUACCUGCUUGCAUAUAUCGUACAGAUACAGAUAGAGUUAGGGGACUGGGGACGGCGCUCGCUUCGCGCUCGGCCGUGCGUGCGUCCGAGGAGCCGCUGCCUUGUACCAGCCUUUGGGUGCCCGUGGGGGUUGUGCUGGAGCGCGGCGCGCGCUGUAAUAUUCUAUUGCUACGGGAUGCUGGGUGUAGUGCACUUUGUUGCUGUUGUUGUUGGGCCCGCGCUUGACGGGGAUGGAAUGGAUGCUAGUCUACAUGGCGUGAUAUGGUGCGGCGCGAGGCACGAGGGUACAACCGCCCGAGUGUGUACGGGGGUGCGAGGUGCGAUGCGAAAACAACAGGAAUGGAAAACCG